GCGGCGGCGAUGGGCGGCCGGGGGCUGCCGGUGCCGCUGCUGCUGGGGCUGCCGCUGCUGCUGGGGCUGCCGCUGCUGCUGGGGCUGCCGGCGGCGGGGCGCGCCGCCUCCAAGGCGCUGGUGUGCCAGGAGAUCACGGUGCCGAUGUGCAAGGGCAUCGGCUACAACCUCACCUACAUGCCCAACCAGUUCAACCACGACACGCAGGACGAGGCCGGGCUGGAGGUGCACCAGUUCUGGCCGCUGGUGGAGAUCCAGUGCUCCCCGGACCUGCGCUUCUUCCUCUGCAGCAUGUACACCCCCAUCUGCCUGUCCGACUACACGAAGCCGCUGCCCCCCUGCCGCUCCGUCUGCGAGCGGGCCAAGGCCGGCUGCUCGCCCAUCAUGCAGCAGUACGGCUUCGCCUGGCCCGAGAGGAUGAACUGCGACAGGCUGCCGGUGCUGGGGGACACCGAGGUGCUUUGCAUGGGAUACAACCACACGGAAGCCACCACCCUGCCGCCUUUCUUUGGGAAGCCCACGCGCCCUGCCAAGGACAUGGCCAAAAACCUGACGCCGCUCGACGGGCAGCGCCUCUCAGGGCUGGACUGUGGUCAGACUUGCAAGUGCAAAGCGCCCCUGAUCCCCAUCUCCAAGGAGUCCCAUCCGCUGUACAACCGCAUCAGGACUGGGAAGGUACUCAACUGCGCCAUCCCCUGCUACCAGCCCUACUUUACCCAGGAUGAGAAGACCUUCGCUACCUUCUGGAUCGGCCUCUGGUCCAUCCUCUGCUUCCUCUCCACCUCAACCACCGUGGCCACCUUCCUCAUUGACAUGGAGCGCUUCAAGUAUCCUGAGCGCCCCAUCAUCUUCCUCUCUGCCUGCUACCUCUUCGUCUCCCUGGGCUACAUUGUGCGGCUGGUGGCAGGGCACGCCAAUGUGGCUUGCAACCCUGAGCACCACCACAUCCAUUACGAGACCACAGGCCCCGCUCUCUGCACCGUGGUUUUCCUUCUCCUCUACUUCUUUGGCAUGGCCAGCUCCAUCUGGUGGGUCAUCCUGUCCCUCACCUGGUUCCUGGCAGCUGGCAUGAAGUGGGGCAAUGAGGCCAUCGCUAGCUACUCGCAGUACUUCCACCUGGCUGCCUGGCUCAUCCCCAGUGCCAAAUCCAUCGCCGUACUGGCGCUGAGCUCUGUGGACGGUGAUCCGGUGGCCGGGGUUUGCUACGUGGGCAACCAGAGCCUGGAGAAUCUGCGGGGCUUUGUGCUGGCACCGCUAGUGGUUUAUCUCUUCACCGGCAGCCUCUUCCUGCUGGCUGGCUUCGUCUCGCUCUUUCGCAUCCGCAGCGUGAUCAAGCAGGGCGGCACCAAAACCGACAAGCUGGAGAAGCUGAUGAUCCGCAUCGGCAUCUUCACCGUGCUCUACACUGUGCCUGCCACCAUUGUCAUUGCCUGCUACAUCUACGAGCAGCACAACCGGGAGGCCUGGGAGCAGGCACAGAACUGCUCCUGCCUGGGGGACCCUCACCGUCCCAAGCCUGACUAUGCUGUCUUCAUGCUCAAGUACUUCAUGUGCCUUGUGGUGGGGAUCACCUCCGGCGUUUGGAUCUGGUCUGGCAAGACGCUCGAGUCCUGGAGGCGCUUCACCACCCGCUGCUGCCGGGCCAGGAAGCCCGCGGGCGCCUCUGUGUACGGCGAGGCCAGCCCGGCCCUGGUGGGCAGGACGGUACUGCCCAGCAUGGCCUCCUACCACAAGCAGGUCCCGCUGUCCCACGUGUGACCGGAGGGAGCCUCGGUGACCCCAGCCGCAGGGAGAAGAGGGUUGCGAAGACCCUGGGCCACGGAAGAGGGGGUGACAGCUGGGCCACCCCCGGCAUCUUCGGCCCCACCGUGGUGGCGCUGCCUGGGACCAUGGGCAUGGAGCAGCUGCAGCCCCAUGCAGGGCAGGGGGAGUGCUGCCAGCUACGUGGGGACGGAGGGACAGGGAGGCCUGGAGCCUGGCACUGCCAUAUAUGCCCCAUUUGGGGUCCCACAUCCUAGCUGGCAUUCUGGGAUGCUGCUGCCUGUGGGCCAGUAAGGUGGCAAUAGCUCUCAAGCACUGAUUUGUGUCCCGCAAGGAGCCUCUGGGCAGGUCUUGCUGGUGCUGGGGUGAAAGGCAGAGCUGUAGCAGACAGGGCAGAUGGUGGCCCCCCACCCCAGGUAGGGGCUGGCACUGCCACAGAGCCCCUCGUUAAAGCCCAGAGAGUGGGUCAAGGAGAGCUGGCAGGGAGUGCUGCCUCCCUGGGUGCCCUGGAGAGAGCAGGAGACAGCCCUCAGUGCUCCCAGAGCCCUCAGGCACAGCUGCAUAUCGAAGAGGAGAAGGCUGGGAGCCCUGGUGUGAGGCAGCCACUGGCCCUGCUCAGGCAGCAGCACACUGAGCAGGAGGGGUGGAGCUGCACGGGCCGGGGGCUUCAUGGGCAGUGGCAGUGCAGGAGGAAGGGGCCGUGGAGACGAUCUGCCACAGGGACAGGGUCCCAGCUGCGUGCAGUGCAGGCAGGGACCAGGUGAUCCCCUGCGGUCCCUUCUGCCCUGGGCAAGCACAUCUGGCUCCCUCCAGCCAGGGGCUCAGGCCUGGGCAGGAGCUGGCUCCGGUGGGCUCAGCUGGGUGGCACCGGUGGUGGUGCUCUGCGAUGGGCAGCCAGCUCCACUGCCCACGGACACUCAUCCCGGGGAACCGAGGGGCUGCGCAAGGGGCCGUGUGGGCAGCGAGGCUGCCAGCCCAGCACGGGGCUUGCAAGGAGCUCUGGCACCGAGAGCGGGGCUCUCCUGAGCUGCCCUGGAAAGGGUCGGUGCUGCUCGUGCCUCUCGCCUCUACAGUGGGGUGAGUUCCAUCUCCCUGUGUCCUGCCUGCCAGCUGUGGCGUGUGGCACAGCAGCUGAGCGUGGCACAACCAACCCUAAAAGGGUGUUUGUACCCCUGCAGUGAGCAGUGGGGGUGCCCCAGGUGGGCAGCACGCUGUUUUUCCUGAGCAGCAGCUGGGUUUUGCAGUCGGCUUCAAUAUUGUUGCUGCUUUUUUCAAAGCUGUGCCUCUGCUAGAGAGAGUACCAGGUUUGAGAGGGAGCAGUUAAUGUAGGGAAACUUAGCAGAGCACUCGUACCUCUUUUCCUCCAGCUUCCCAAGCGUUU